CUGAGCACACACAGCAGACAGACGCCUUCCUUCAUCAGAAUAAAAAGAUGUGUUUCCCAAGCGGCUCGGACCCACUAAGUUAGCAUUGAGGAGAUUUACCUGCUCUCUGAUUUUGUUGGAGCCAGCCACGAGAGGCAGAAUGCGGGACAUGCUGGAAAGGCUGCAGGCCUUUAGUGAGGAGGAGGACUACGAGCCUGAGCUUUAUGGCUCUGAGUAUGAUGUAGACAAAGGGACUCUGUCUCAACAGGCAGUGGUGUUUGAGAACUCAGCUAUUGACAACAUCCUGGAGGAGGCCUACUCCAUACGCAAGGAGAUCUCCUUGUUACACUUGGAGGUGGAGCGUCUGAGCACCCAUAAUGAACGCUUUGGAACCUCUGUACGGCGCCUCACCCUUCUCAAAAAGGACUCUGACUCCAUUGCCAGGGGGAUCCAGCAACGUGGGGAAGCCCUGUACGCCCGCCUUCAGGCCCUGGGGGGAGAGAGCAGACAGCUGGAGGUAAAAGAAGGUCCUAACUCCACAGUUAGCCGCAUCGGACGAGUUCAGUAUGAUACACUGACCCAUGCCUUCCAUGCUGCCAUGAGUGACUACAAUAAGGCAGAGGAGAUGCAGAGGAAUACAUGUCGAGGGAGGAUCCAGAGGCAGGCCUCCAUACUAGGAACUGAAAUCACUGAUGAGCAGCUCGAUGAGAUGGUGCACAAAGGUGGUGAGGGAUGGAAUGAGCUGUCCCAGAGCCUGCAGACCCGAGGCGCACGCUCGUCCCGCUGGGCGAUGUGCGAGAUCCAAGGCAGACACAGGGAGCUAGUGGAGCUGGAGGCCAGGCUGAAGGAGGUGCAUGACCUGUUCCUGCAGAUGGCCAUGCUGGUAGAGCAGCAGGGAUCCAUGCUCAAUAACAUUGAGGCCAACGUGUGUGCCACUCAGGAAUAUGUUGAAAAAAUCAACGUUCACAUCAAGAAAGCCCUGAAGUACAAGAGGAAAAAUCCUUUCCUUCAAUGUUGCUCCUGUCUACCCUGUUGGAGACACAACCAAACUUUGUAGGGCGUAUUGACUCAUUCAGUUUUAUGGAUGAUUGAAAUAAACGUUUACCUGCAAAAAGUUAUGGACAGCUGAAAAGAACUGUUAUGCGAUGUGCUUAAUUCAUGGAAAAUCCAAACUUUACAGGCACAAUCAUUGUUCACUAUUAUUUAUAUAAGAGAAUUAAUCCAAUAAUGUGUGUUUGUGCAUAAGAGAAGUCUAUAUUUUACCCUGAUGUUUUAAAUUAAGGUGAAUCUGUAAAGCAGUGCACUGACAUACAAAAUAAAU